AUGGCACAACUACAGCACUGGUGCAAAGGCGAGGGCAUUAACCCCAUAUAUGCCAUAUUGGUCAAGGAUGUCCCAGAAGACACAGAGAAUGACUUUGUUGAAGAAACCCUGCAGUCCAUAAAAGCUCUUGGACGGGUGAAGGUCAGAGGAAGGAUGUAUGAUCCUCGGUCUCAAAGCCUAACUGUCUUAUGUGAAUGUAGGGAGGAAGUAAACACAAGAGCCAUCCCUCUGGAUGUGUUACCAGAAGGUUGUGAUUCACCAUGGAGGAUUUUUGGGCCCUCUGAAGAGGAAACUGUAUUCAAGGCUGAGCAAAUAAGGGGUGAUGCACCGGAGCUGCCACAAGUCUCUGGUCUUUCUUUUCCACUCCAAGCGUCCACACCUGAAGCCAUUAUCAGAGCAGUGGGAGACAUAAUGCAGAGAACAGGGAAACCUGCUAGUGACAAUAUCUCAUACAGGAGGUUGCGAACUUUCUCUGGUGUCCUCCCAACACCUCCUGGAGAAGAGCAGUUGGAUAACUGGAUAGAGCAAGCUCGAUUGAUGAUAGAGGAGUGUGACCGACCAGAAAGAGAGAAGCGAAUGAAAAUAAUGGAAAGUGUAAAGGGUCCUGCGCUAGAGAUCCUGCAAGCUGUUCGCUUCAACGAUCCAGAUGCAACGCCUACAGAGUACAUUGAUGUGAUCGAGAACACUUUCGGCACCCUGGAAACAGGUGAAGAGCUCUACUUUGCCUUUAGAAUGCUCUGUCAGCAACCAAGUGAGAGGCUUUCAGCAUUUCUGAGAAGGAUGGAAAGGGUUCUGAACAAGGUGGUCCAAAAGGGAGGUUUGCAACCCGCCUCCGCAGACAAAGCACGCCUUGACCAACUCAUUAAAGGGGCCACAAGGUCUGACAUGAUGCUCCUAAACCUCAGGCUUAGAGAGCGAAGGGAUCAACCACCUACAUUUUUGCAGCUGCUGAAUGAGAUACGUACUGAAGAAGAGUAUGAAGCCUCCCGGCGUAAGCUGAACCCAGCCAAAUCAGUGCAUGUUAAGACUGUAACAUUACCAGCAGAAGCAGAAAUAAGAGAUCUCAGAGUGGAGAUACAAGAGUUGAAAUCACAACUCACUGAGCUUACAGCUUUGUCUAUUGCCCAGUCUCCUCCACCUCCUGCCCCGGAAUCUGCAGUCACUACUGAGGUGGAAGCCUCAGGAGAAGAUAAAAACAUUCAAGCAUUAAAGAAGGAAGUUAAAAAACUGAGGAAAUGA